UGAAAAUUUUCGUCAGGGUCAUCUUGUUCGGUUAAAGUCGAUAAGAAAACGCACCAGUAAUAAAAUAAAGAAAAAUAUGAAAAACACCAUUGCAAACAUUGGAAACUAAAGAUCAUAUUUCAAUAUUAGUAAUUGGAUAUAUUCAAAGCAUUUCUGGGUUGGUUUUCGUUUUUAUAAGUAUAUCUUUCUAUUGUUUCAAUACUUAUAUUCUUCCUCUGAUAUCUUAACAGCCUACAUCUUUUGUAAGAUUUCAUUUCAUCAGUUACCAAAAAGUUUCUACUUCAACAGAAUCUUUUAAUCUGGGGUUACUCAAGGUCGCUUUUCUCAACAACUUUAUAAUUCAUAUUCUUACUAUAUCAUCCACUAUCCUUUUUGUUUUUCAAGCUCAUUCCAUCUUUAUUUUAUUUUCUAUCCUUUUUUGAUUCCAUACAAACUACACUUAUACAAUAGUAAUAAUAACAUUAAUAAUCAAAAAUGCUUGCUUUGCGUCGUACUCAACAAGUCUCUAGCUCGAUAAAGGGUUUCUCAAGAUUUUUUAGUUCAACCUCAAGAUCUUUGCAAGUCAUAAAGAACGAUUCUGCCAAAAAAGAUGGUAAAACAAGUCAAAAUGCUGCUAAGGCAAUGGGUGACAAAUACCACAUCAUCGACCACGAAUAUGAUUGUGUUGUUGUUGGUGCAGGUGGUGCCGGUUUAAGAGCAGCCUUCGGUUUGGCUAAUGCUGGUUAUAAAACUGCUUGUCUUUCAAAAUUGUUUCCAACAAGAUCCCAUACUGUCGCUGCACAAGGUGGUAUCAAUGCUGCUUUAGGUAAUAUGCAUGCUGACGAUUGGCACUGGCACAUGUAUGAUACAGUCAAGGGUUCUGAUUGGUUAGGUGACCAAGAUGCUAUCCAUUAUAUGACUAGAGAAGCUCCUGCUUCUAUUUAUGAACUCGAACAUUAUGGUGUUCCCUUUUCCAGAACUGAAACUGGUAGAAUCUAUCAAAGAGCCUUUGGUGGUCAGUCAAAGGAAUACGGUAAGGGUGGUCAAGCUUACAGAACCUGUGCUGUCGCUGAUAGAACUGGACAUGCUCUUUUACAUUCCUUAUAUGGUCAAGCUUUGAGACACGAUACUCAUUUCUUUAUUGAAUUCUUUGCCUUGGAUCUUUUAAUGGAUGAAGGCAAAUGUGUUGGUGUUAUUGCCUACAACCAAGAAGAUGGUACCUUACAUAGAUUCAGAGCUCACAAAACCAUCAUGGCCACUGGUGGUUAUGGGAGAGCUUACUUUUCUUGUACUUCUGCUCACACUUGUACUGGUGACGGUUUUGCUAUGGUUUCAAGAGCUGGUCUACCAUUGGAAGAUUUAGAAUUUAUCCAAUUUCAUCCUUCCGGUAUCUAUGGUUCUGGUUGUCUUAUCACAGAAGGUGCUAGAGGUGAAGGUGGUUUCCUUGUCAACUCUGAAGGUGAAAGAUUUAUGGAAAGAUAUGCUCCAACCGCCAAAGAUUUAGCUUGUAGAGAUGUUGUCUCAAGAGCUAUCACCAUGGAAAUCAGAGCAGGAAGAGGUGUUGGUCCUGAUAAAGAUCAUAUGUUCUUACAAUUAUCUCAUUUACCUGCUUCUGUUCUUCAUGAAAGAUUGCCUGGUAUUUCUGAAACCGCUGCCAUUUUCGCCGGUGUCGAUGUCACAAAAGAACCAAUUCCAGUUUUACCAACUGUGCAUUAUAAUAUGGGUGGUAUCCCAACAAAAUGGAAUGGUGAAUGUUUGACCAUUAACGAAAAGGGUGAAGAUGUUAUUGUUGAAGGUUUAUUAGCCUGUGGUGAAGCUGCCUGUGUUUCUGUUCAUGGUGCCAAUAGAUUAGGUGCUAACUCUUUAUUAGAUUUAGUUGUUUUCGGUAGAGCUGUUGCUCACACAAUUUCUGAAAGUUUGAAACCAGGUUUGCCACAUAAACCAUUACCAGCUGAUCUUGGUGCUGAAUCUGUUGCUAACUUGGAUUACUUGAGAAACUGUUCUGGUCCAAAAUCUACUGCCGAAAUCAGAUUAGCUAUGCAAAAAGCUAUGCAAAAUGAUGUUUCUGUCUUCAGAACUCAAGAAUCCUUAGAUGAAGGUGUCAUAAAUGUUACUAAUGUUGACAACUCUUUUGUUGACAUUGGUACCACUGACAGAUCAAUGAUCUGGAACUCAGAUUUAGUUGAAACCCUAGAAUUGCAAAACUUGUUGACUUGUGCCAAACAAACCGCUAUUUCUGCUGCCACUAGAAAAGAAUCGAGAGGUGCCCAUGCUAGAGAAGAUUAUCCUGAUAGAGAUGAUGUAAACUGGAUGAAACAUACCUUAUCAUGGCAAAAGAAAUCUGGUGAUGAUGUUGUGAUUAAAUAUAGAAAUGUCAUAGCUACAACUUUGGAUGAAAAUGAAUGUAAACCAGUUCCACCAACAGUCAGAGCUUAUUAGAAUUAUUAUUUUUCACUCCAUAAAAUAAAAGUCAUUCUGAGAAAUGUUUUAAAUGAAUUGGUUAGUGUAUAUAAUUUACAAAUGAUUCAAAAAUCCGCAUUCUUUUAUUGCAAUUAUUUGAGUUCAAACCACAACUUGAAAUAUUUUUUCACUUCAUUUUUAUUGCCAGUUUUUUUGUUUUUUUUUCUUGUUUAUAUAAAUCUUUCAUUCUUAAUACUUUUUUUUUCUUGAUUUAUUUCUUUUUUUUAUAUCAUAAUCACUGUUUUAAAUUUAAUAUAUGCAAAUUGGUCUA